GCGCCGACGUUUAGACAUAUUUCAUAGAUAUAAAACCUCUUUGCCAUUGCACUCAAGGCACGCACGCACGUCACAAUAAAACAGUCAAUCAAAAAAUCAGAGUUUAAUUUUACAUAAAUUAAAUUCCAAAUGUCCAUACGAGACAUAAUUUGGCGACCGUGACAGGACACAAUUCAAAAAACCAAACCAAAAACGCGCAUCUUCUUCCAAAACGAGACGACGCGUACCAAUCAAAAGGCUCAUCGCGAAGAACAUUUUGGGAGUCAAGAUUGGCAGCAGCAGCCUGGACCUAGCCGGCCUCGGUUCGUGAAGCAUCAUUCAAGCAUUCAAGCGACACCGAAGCUCAGCGUUCAGCGUCUCGAGAGUUUGCGUUGCGCCCUGCCUACAAGCGCGUAGCCUCUUUACGUCACAGCAUCGGUACGACGGACGAGCCAUAUCGCGCGUUAUCAGUGCCGUCAGCUUUUCGCACGCCAACUGGUAUGCCGACGCAGUAAGGAGCGUGAGAUAUAACUUAUUUAUUUACAAUCUAUUGGUUUCUUGCCUACAUUUUGCAAUAUGCAUAUUUAUUGCGUUAGACUUGUUGAAUUUCACUAAAAUUUGUAAAUAUUAACUAGUUUAUAUUAUAAUUCAAAAUGCCUUCAGACGGUGAAAAACAUAGUUCCAUCCGCGGAUCUUUAAAGGAGCUCACGACUAAACGUAGCUCAAUUAAGGGUCAAAUAACCAAGUUUAAAAACUAUCUCGACAAGCUGAUUCUGCAGUCAACAUUAUCAAAUGUUGAGCUAGCUGAACUAUCACUUAAACUUGACAGAUUUGAGGGACUUUCAACAAAGUUUGAUGCGUUGCAAAGUGAAAUCGAGGUCUUAAAUUCUCAUAAUCUUGACUUCGAAAUCGAUGAAAGAGACAACAUUGAGCAGGAUAUUAUAACAAACAUUGUCACAGCAAAAAAUAUUAUCGAUCAACAAAAUUCGAUUAAAGAUGAAGAUAGACGCAAAUCGAUCUUCCAGGAAGCUCAGGGUAGUCUCGAUCAUCACAAUAUUGGUGUAAAAUUACCGCAAAUUCAAAUAUCUAAAUUCAAUGGGUCCUAUUUUCACUGGUUGGAAUUUCAUGAUACUUUUGUAAACCUAGUGCAUAAAAACGAACAUAUAACGAACAUACACAAGUUCCAUUAUUUAAUUUCAUAUUUGGAGGGCGACGCAGCGCGCAUAAUUUCUAAUCUCGAAGUGUCCUCGGCGAACUAUGCAGAGGCCUGGGAACUACUUUGUGCGCGAUACAAUAAUAAACGAUUACUUAUUAACCAACACCUUAAAUCACUAUUCAAUAUUCAGUCCAUUACUCGCGAAUCGGAAAGGUCACUACGUUUCUUGGUGGAUCAUGUAACCAAAAAUUUACGGGCGCUAUCUAGCUUGAAACAGCCGACUGAUCAUUGGGAUAUGCUUAUUAUCUUCAUGCUCUCUUCCAAGCUAGAUAAUAUGACGCUAACCAAGUGGGAGGAGACGCGUAAUGCCAUCGACGAUGUACCUACUUUACAACAAUUCUUUAAGUUUUUGGUCGAUCGUGCUGACGUUCUCGAGGCUUUAAAUAGAAACAAAUUUGAUAACCCUACCAAGACAUUACUAAAUACUUCGCGUCACUCAGCCCCUACUACUAAUAAUAAACCAAUCCAUGUGAAAUCGUUUACCAGCACCACUCAAAAUUAUUCAUCUUCUUGCAUUAUUUGUAAAGAAAACCAUCGAAUCUAUAAUUGUCCCAUAUUUAUAUCAAAAAACAUAAAGGAAAGAUGGUCUGAGGUUGAAAAUUUAAAAUUAUGCGCUAAUUGUUUGAGAGCUGGCCAUUCAGUGACUGAAUGUCGAUUAAGCAGCUGUCGCGAAUGUAAUGAGCGACACAAUACACUUCUCCACCAGUCUAAUACUGCAGUCGUAAGUACUUCCGCUAUGUGCUACAACUCUAGUGAUGUGCUACUAUCCACAGCAUUAAUCGAAGUAUCCAAUCCAAACACUAAAGAAAAAUCUACUGUACGUGCCUUUUUAGACUGUGGAAGUCAAUAUUCGUUUAUCACUAAAUCUUUAAUGCAAAGGUUAUCACUUAAAUCUAGAUCCAUUGAUAUACUAAAUGUAAUCGGAAUCAGCAAUAAAUCAGCGGAUACGAUUAAAGAAAGUUGUACUGCGCAAAUAUCGUCACUACGAACUCAAUUUAGUGUGACACUUUCUCUAUUUGUCCUCGACCAGUUAACGGGUAUAUUACCUAACACUCCUAUCAACAUCAAACAUUUAAAUAUACCUAACAAUAUUAAACUAGCCGAUCCUUCUUUCUAUCAACCUGGUCCAAUCGACCUGUUGAUUGGAUCAGAUAUUUUUUGGGACAUUUUGGGUAGCGAAAAACGUUCCAUAGGCCCUAGUAAUGUUAAGUUAAUUAAUUCUAAAUUUGGUUGGUUGGUCGGCGGCAACAUAAACAACAUAUCACGAAACAACAAUACAUUUAUUCAUCAUUUAUCCAAACAUCAUCCAUCAAAACAUAAUUUAAACACACAUCAUUCUAUUAUACAUUGCAAUCAUGCUGCAGUAUAUAACCCAUCUAGUACAACAAACAUUCAUGAAAUGUUAUCUAAAUUUUGGGAGAUAGAAGAUCUGCCUCAAAACAAAAAAAUAAGCAUAGAGCAUAAGGCUGCAGAAGAUCAUUUUGUAGAAAACACCACCAGAUUAGAAUCAGGUCGAUUUUGUGUCAGAUUACCUAUGCUUGAGUCCCCGGACUGCCUGGGUGACUCAUACAAUACAGCAAAAAAACGUUUCCUUAAUCUAGAGAAAAGGUUCCGUAGAAAUGGUAAGUUAAAGUCGCAAUAUACAGAGUUCCUACGUGAAUAUGCGAGUUUAGGUCACCUAUCUAAAUCUGAUACUCCAAUACCGCCACUAUCAUACUUUUUAUGUCAUCACGCCGUAUUCAAGGACAAUAGCGAAAGCACAAAAAUCCGUGUUGUUUUUGAUGGGUCAGCUGUCACCGCAUCCGGAUUUUCCGUUAACGACAUACUUCGGGUAGGUCCAAGUAUUCAGGAUUCUCUUUUCUCCAUAUUGAUAAGAGCACGACAAUACAAAUAUCUAUUGACCGGCGAUAUAGAGAAAAUGUAUCGCCAGGUAUUAGUUCACGAAGACGAUCGUGAUCUCCAACUAAUACUAUGGAGAGAAGAUGAGUCUAUGCCUAUCGAGACUCUGCGCCUGAAUACUCUCACUUACGGAACCGCAAGUGCUAGUUAUCUAAGUACGCGCCAUACGCGCUGUCUGUGGCAGGUAGGUGAGGAAUGUACUGACGAAACUAUUAAGACAAUUAUAAAAAGAGACUUUUUUGUCGACGAUCUCAUAACUGGUUCAGAUGAUGAGCUCACGCUACGUUAUAAUAUUCAAACCGCAAUAUCACAAGCUCUUAAUUCAGCAUGCUUCAAACUUCGUAAAUACAAAUUCAACUUACCUUCUAUUUUUGACAAUUCAUUUAUUGCCGUUCAAGAAAAUCUUGCGUUGAGUGAGUCUUCGAGCACUCUUGGAAUCGGGUGGAGUCCUUCUAGUGACUGCAUACAUUUUCCCAUAAAGAUUCCUCACAAUACAAACAACGUAACAAAGAGAACGAUCAUGUCUGACGCGUUCAAAAUAUUUGAUCCUUUAGGUAUUUUAAGUCCAUGCAUUAUUAAGCCUAAAAUGAUUUUACAAGAACUGUGGAUCCUCAAGCUCGAUUGGGAUCAACCUGUUCCCCAUGAUGUUAAAACUGAAUGGUACGAUUUUAUUGAUAAUUUAAAAUUUAUAUCAGAAAUACAAAUCCCAAGGAGGGUGCUUUGUGACUCACCUAUCGCAAUCGAAGUGCAUUCGUUCAGUGACGCAUCACAAAGAGCCUACGGGGCAUGUAUUUAUAUAAAAUCUAUAGAUUGCAAUAAUGUAGCUACAGUAAACUUAUUAUGCUCGAAAUCUAAAGUAGCUCCACUAAAACCUGUGACAAUUCCAAGGCUAGAGUUAUGCGCAGCUUUAUUAGCGGCUAAGUUAUGCAAGAGUGUACUCGAUUCUAUACGAUACGUACCUUCUCGUUCUGUAUUCUGGUGCGACUCAAGCAUAGUACUAGGGUGGCUGAAUAGUAAUCCGGCUAAGCUCAAGACAUUCGUCGCCAACAGAGUAGUUGAAAUACUAGAAACAUCAAAAUCAUCAUCCUGGAGAUAUGUACCUACCGAUAUGAACCCUGCUGAUUUAAUAUCCCGCGGUGUUAACGCAAAUAAACUUCAAAACAUGAGUUUAUGGUGGUCAGGUCCUGCUUACCUUGGUCACGACGAAACACAUUGGCCAGUCUUGAAUCCCACUAAACUUCAUGAAGAGCUACCUGAAAUAAAACAAAAUAUUAAAACCAAACACUUACCAAACAUAUACGCUAGUCCGGCUGCCAUCCUGGAGCCUGUAAUAAAAAUCGAAAAUUACUCUAAAAUAAAUAAAUUAAAAGGUACAUUGGGAUACAUAAAUAGGUUCAUUUACAAUUCAAAAAAUCCCAAAAACAAAUUAACCGGCCAUUUAUCAAUCGAAGAAAUAAACAAUUCAUGUACUCACCUUUGCAAAAUAGCACAAAAACAAUCAUUCACUGCAGAAUACAAUUCACUAAGCACAAAUAAAAUAUUAAAUCCAAAAUCAAAAAUUUUACCUCUGUCCCCAUUCAUAGAUAAAAAUAAUUUAAUACGGGUCGGUGGUAGGAUCAAUGCAUCGAAUUAUUCUUACGGCGCGAACACUCCUUUUUAGUAAUAACUGUAAAAGGAUGAUGGAUAAAAAAAAAAAAAAUCAAUCAGAUUUGAAGUUAGUGAUUAAGUGAAACAGCGAGCUAACAAUUUGCUCGCUGUUUUUUCUUUAAAUAAAUUUUUGGGUUAAAAGUGUAGUUUAACAAGCGUGGUGUUAUUGUUUUUAUUUAAUUCUGGUAUACUAUAUGAAAUGCUAAUGAAUGUAAAUUGGAUGCAAAAUCUGAGUAAAUGAAAAAAAAACCAAUUGCAUUAUACGGGGCGCCCGUGUGGGACCAGUAUUAUUAGAGAUCCUCAAAAUUUAUAUUCCAUGAGGGUGGGGGAUGGAAGGGGGUCGGCUCUGUGUUCGCGUUAGAAAAAAAAACCACAAUUCGCAACAUCUUCAAACCGAUCUUCGAAUACUCAACAUAUAGCGUUGGGAUAUUAAGCAAAAUAAAGUUAAGACUAAAAUCUGGAUGUUUUUUUUGUAUUUCAACUCCUUUUCUGUUUCAUAGUGUAGUCUUUAACACUAAAACAGUAUUGAUAGUUGAAAAAGAUCGAAAAGUUAUGCCGCCCGAAUGAACAGUAAAAAUAUUUCACUGGGUGCACCUCCAAAAGGAUAUUGACAGAGAAGAAUUGCUGGUUGAUGCGGCAGAUAGAAUCGAUCUCCGCUCCAGAAGGGAGCCGCGUCCCGGCGCGGCCGAAGUUCGAGCGCGGAAGCUUCAAUCUCGGCGUGCCGUGCUCGAGGCGUGGUCUUGCCGCCUGGCGGACUCCGCUUACAGGCGACGGACCGUCGAGGUGAUCCACCCGGUCCUCUCGGACUGGGCGAAUCGCAACCGAAGACGUUUCACCUUCCGAGCGACGCAGGUGCUCACGGGACAUGGCUGUUUCGGUCACUACCUGCACCUCGUCGCCCGGAGGGAGCCAACGCUGAAGUGCCACCACUGCAGUAGCUGCAACGAGACACGGCGGAGCACACGCUCGUGUACUGCCCCGCUUUCAGAGGAGCAGCGCCGCGUCCUCGUUACAAAAAUAGGACCGGACUCCGGCCCCUAUGAGGAGGCAGUCUCCUCCCGGUGAUGGUCACGGGGCGACCUAAGGGGGUUGAGGCUGUGCCGCACGCUACCGUCACUUAGCGCGCUGGCACCAGGAGGAUGGGACGACGCGUCGGCGGCUGCGGACUGCGAUGCGGUCCGCAUUUUCGUCGUCGCUGUUAUCGCCGAACAUACUGGGAAGAGCAACCCGGUCGGCGGUGUAUCGCGUUCCGACCCGGCAGGCUGGUUCUGGCCCAGCGGGGUAUUCCGGAACACCAGCGGCAUUGCCCGGGCGGCCUGGUAGGGCCACCGUACCGCGGAGACCGACAUCGUUGGUCGUCGACUAUCGCCUCGACCACCCGUCGGUCGGGCGUCCUCGGGGUGGCGCCGCGUGUCUGGUUGUAGUGUUAACCGCGGGAACCCCCCUACUCUGACCGGGUUUUGACCCCGGACGAAGAUCGGACGUCGGGUGUAAGAGUGUAGGGGAGUCGUUUAGUGGGUGGGCCCUAAAAUUCCUUGGGCCGGCGGUCUGCUCUCAACACCUGCGGAUCGUUGAGUCUCACAUACCCCGCGCGCCCCCUAGGCGCGGGGAUCUCGUAAGAGGUUCGGCACCCGGCCCGAAAAAAAAAAAGAAGAUAGAAUCGAUAACCACUCAUCUAAUUAUCGUCGAUUGGCGACAUGUUGGCCUACAAUAAUUACCCGUCUUUUCUCUUGUGGGUCAUUAAGCCAACAAAGAGAUAUUGUUGUGAGAGCAUGUUUAUAUCUGUUACCAGCAACUCUAGAUUCCUAAUUAGAAAAGCAGAAAAAUCGUAAAAACUUUGUAACCAUAUAUUAAGUGGAUUGUAGCAUUAAGGUGCUUACGCCGUGAGUUCUGGUAACCAACAAUUGGCGCGGUAAGCUCGUCUGCCAAUAAACAACAGUAAUAAAACGACAAAGCAACGGAUUAUUCGUUUAAUUCGAAAAUUCAAAUACGUUUACAACCAAUUUGGUGGCAAAGUCCUUCCGCAUUUCGUUUUUUUGCAUCUUUUUGGCUUCUACGAUGCGCAAAUGUUGAAUUCGUCGUAACUUUCUUUGCAGAUAACAGGGCAAUCUAUCUGAUUCUUUUGACAUUGUAGGACGCAGCGUUUUACUUUCUGGCAUUGGUCUCUGAGAGCAGAACGAAGGCUGUCUUUCGCCUCUUUGAAAUCGGAAUGGUAGUUGUUGUUGGUAUUCUGGAAACAGAAUAAAAAAAACAUUUUAUGAAAACUUUUUCACGUCACAGUAUUGGAAUUUUAUCUUAUUGCCAUUUAAAGGAAAAGUAAGAACAUGAAUAAUUUUGGAAAAAGAAGGAAGAUUUUUCUAAAGGUUUGGAUUUCGAUGCUAAAAAUGAGGAAAAUGUAGAUCUUACUUCAGAUAAGCAGAUCCAGGCAAACAGAGUGAACGUUGCUCCAGUGACAAUUGGUACUGAACUAAACUUUAGCCGGUUUUACGAAGAUCCACGGUAGGCAGCGGCUUGGCUCUGCCCCUGGCAUUGCUGAAGUCCAUGGGCGACGGUAACCACUCACCAUCAGGUAGGCCGUAUGCUCGUCUGCCUACAAGGGCAAUAAAAAAAAAAGAUCCAGCCGGGAGCUGAUUAUACUCCCUGACCCGCGUUUGUAUCUGACCUAGCAGGAUUGGUAGUAAGUACCACUUAGUCUCAUUCGAGGUUUGGAUGCCAGUUGAUGGGGGCUUUAAUCAUUUUAAUUCCACCUACGUCCUAAAACGCUUUGGUGGAAGUCAGGCGACUCAAUAAUGGCCCAGAUAAAAAAAAGGUUUUAUUUCAGUGUCCCAUUUUAGACUAUUUAAUUUUACCGUCGGUGUGAUGACGUUAUCAAUCGACGGUGCUAUAGGUUCGAGGAGUGAGGAUGCUAAUUUGAAUAAAAACAAGUUAUCAGCUGUGUUGAUUUUAGGAACUAUCUAGUAAUUUUUAUAUGAACUCACCCUAAGAAGAUGAUAAAGUAUAUAUGCAGCAUCGUCAUUUGCAGAUUCGGUGUUGUGUUUAACGUUAUCGUCUGUAAAAUAAUUAGGUACGUUCUGCGGAUGAUCGACUUCAUGACUGAAACCGUGUCUAUUCGCAUUUAUGAUAUCAUUAAUGACGCGAUGCGAGUCAAACCCAGGUUCCUUUGGUACAACAAAAAAUAUUGAAUCGCUUUUAUCGGCCACGUCAGAAUUAAUUUUCACUGAAGCAUAAUUCGCGAGCUCGCCGUAAGUGUUCUGAAAUUUAACGUUUUUAUUUUUAUUUUUUAUUGUAAUAGUAAAAUUUUUAUUUUAGUAAUAACAAGUGUUUUUGUAUUUGAAUUUCUAUGGUAAGCAAUUGCGGUCUAGGAGAGUAUAUUAUUACACUUAGCGUACUUUUCAUUAAUGGGUUAUACCUCACGGACAUUAAAGCUGGGAAUGACCAAGCCAAUCAACUGUCUUGAGUUCAUUAAAAAGAAAUGCUUGAAUUUUUUUUAUCGUGUUUUGCUUACGGUUUGUUGAGACGUAAUUAAUAAUAAAAUAACUUUGUAUCCAUUUUCGUUGUAAUGAAAUGGAGAUAAUUGAAUAUUUGAAAGCAAUAGUUACUUUAGCCAGUCCCGCGGACAAAAGCAUGAGAACACAACUGCACGGGCCCAACAUAUCGAUUACAAUGAACCGUUCUCGUUCAAAAUUUUUCUUCCGAAAAAUCUUAAUUAAAGAAAACAAGAAAUUUCUAAUUUAGUAAACAUGCUUUCUGAAUAUCAUGACUGAUUAGUUUGUGUUUGUUAUAAUGUACAGGGUGUUCGUUCACGUAUACUGGUACUGGUGGUAGGACCUCUUGUCAGUUCGCACGGGUAGGCACCACCGCCCUGCCUAUUUCUGCCGUGAAGUAUUAAUGCGUUUCGGUUUGAAGUGUGGGGCAGCCGACCUUAGAACUCAUAUCUCAAGGUGGGUGGCAGCGUUUACGUUGUAGAUGUCUAUGGGCUCCGGUAACCACUUAACACCAGGUUGCCUGUGAGUUCGUCCACCCAUCUAUGCAAUAAAAAUAUAUGACAACGGGUAAUAAAAACAUUUAUGACCGAGCAGGUCAUUGUCUAUAGUUAAUCACGGAAACAAUUCCCAGUAUUUAGAAUGAUUCAACAAAAAAUCUAUUCAAAAUCAACAAGCAAAAACUGGAUGGAAACAGAUUACCAGAACACGGCGAGGCUGGAUCGCGGUUGGCAGUACGUGCAUACCAUUCGGACUUCAGUCUAAAAGUGAUCCGUUCGCUGUUUCGCUUCGAGUAGUACCGAUUACUGACUAACUGCGUGCCAUCUCUGCAACGCUUUUAUAGCCGAUACCACAUCCCUAGAAUUAUCGAGAAUAUUCCAUAAAAGUCGAGUAUUGUAUUUCGGCAAUCUGACAGCAGAUGGCGUCGUACUUCUCGAGCGUUGUAGAUCUUACUAGAUCCUUCGAUAUUCGUUCGGCUAUUCGGCGAUAGAUGGCGUUACUUUUACCUGGGUAACAUUAUUUUAUUAUUAUUAUUUUAUUGAUCUGGUACGCAAACGAGCAUAUGGCCCACCAGAUAUUGAGUGGUUACCGUUGCUCAUGGACUUCGCCAAUGCCAGGAGCAUAGCUAAGUCGCUGCCCACCGUUAAGUACUCUCCAAAAGCCGCGUUUGAAGAAGGUCAUGUCACAGCGCUCGGGAAGCACCGUGGAGGGGAGCUCAUUCCAAAGCCGGAUGGUACGUGGCAAAAAGAUCUCUGCAAACGCACUGUGGAUGAACGCAGGGCCUCUAGGUAGUAUAGAUGAACUCUACUCCGGUGGCGGGUGGUGCGAUGGUAAUAGCGUGAUGAUGAGAAUUUUCUGAAACAAUUCCUCAGAGCACUCCUCCACUUCUUCCGACGUUUCGAAUAAUUUAAAGGUUUUGUGAUCAAGUGGUGGUGGUUUCGUGGAAUAUUGAUCCAGCUGGUCCAAUAACACUGAUAGUAAACUGCUGCAGCUCUAACACUAGAAGGAGGAAUAGGAACCCUGGUAGCCGUACUCGUAAACUCUUCGAAGUGUUCGAAAUGGAACGCAUCCCAGGUCCGCUGAGUUUCCCGUCGGUUCUUCUGAGAUCCGCUCAGGGCUCUAAUCGGCAGUUGAUGCAUUCGUGAAGCAGCUGCCCUUGAGCUGCUAGCUCUCCUUCGGAGGCGUUUGGGUGGCUAUAUAUUAUAUAAAAAUAAAUAAAAUAAAUUAAUGCUUA